CAUCCUCAAACACCUCCAUGGCGCUGCUUGAAGGCAGCAUGUCAACCAGGGCUCCUGCCAUGCGAAAGGAUGGUUAGUCUUUCACCUUGUGUGGACUCAGGAUUGUGACAGGUCUACGGUGACUUCUGACAGGACGUGACCCGUCUUUUAUCCCAUCGUGCAUUUGGAGAGGUUUUCUUGUGAUGUUGGAUGUUUGGAUUGCACUGUUUUUCAGUAUCCAGAAGUCCUCUCGCGUUUGUGUCAUGUGACUUGUCAUUGUCAGCUGCUGGAUUUUGAAAGUCACACAUCUUAUGGACUUGUUCGUGGUGUUUGAUUCUCUACUGUGGACGCCCCUGACCAAAGAAGCUGAUCAUGCAAAUAAAUCAAUACGUUUGGCUUACAUCGCAUCAAUGCAUUUGUGAGCCGCAGUCAUUGAGGCUGCUGACUUCACUACCCAGCAUGCAGUGCACGCCUGACAAAUCCCUAAAGAGGAUUUACGUCGGAUCAGAGGGAAGAGAUGCCGCUGAAGAGGGACGACACUCAGCGAGCGCUGCAGGUGAUGGAGGCCUGUUCUGAAGGGGUCAAGGGUCACGCAGAGAAGCUACUCAACAUCUUCCAGAGUGACCUGUUUCAGGCAUUGCUUGACAUUCAGGAAUUCUACGAGCUGACCGUGUGUGAAAGCCAAGCGACGAGCCCCCUGCAUACACCUGUCCAGAAGUAUCGUUACCAUGACGAUGACCAACCAAGCCCUGGAAACGUGACUGACGGACACGCCCCCGAGUUGACACGCACACACCUGGACACACUCACACAGCCGGCUGCACUCACUAUGAACGGAUCUGAAGGAGAGCUGGAGUAUGAAGAGAUCACGCUGGAGAGGGGGAACUCUGGGCUGGGAUUCAGUAUCGCAGGAGGAACUGACAAUCCUCACAUUGGAGAUGAUCCAUCGAUAUUCAUCACCAAAAUAAUUCCUGGAGGAGCUGCUGCUCAGGAUGGACGUCUCAGGGUGAACGACAGCAUUGUGUUUGUCAACGAUGUGGACGUGCGCGAGGUUACUCACUCCGUGGCCGUCGAGGCCCUGAAAGAGGCGGGGCCUGUUGUCCGGCUGUAUGUACUGCGGCGGCGCCCACCAAGCGAACAUGUCACAAAGAUCAAACUGAUGAAAGGACCCAAAGGUCUGGGCUUCAGCAUCGCCGGCGGGAUUGGUAACCAGCACGUCCCGGGAGACAACAGCAUCUACGUCACCAAGAUCAUUGAGGGUGGGGCGGCUCAGCGGGACGGGCGGCUCCAGAUCGGCGACAAGAUCCUGGCGGUCAACCAUUUGUCUCUAGAGGAUGUCCUGCACGAAGAUGCCGUGUCAGCCCUAAAGAACACGGGCGAGGUGGUCUACUUGAAGGUGGCCACGCCCACCUCCCACUACAUCCACCCGGCAGAUCGAUUCAGCCCCCCCGACCUCACCAGCUCCUACAUGGAGCCAGACUACAUGUGUGAUUAUCCGCAAGCCCUCCCGCCACCAUCACCACAGCGCUACUCACCACUCCACCGCGGCAUGAUGGGAGAGGACGACUAUGGCCGAGAACCUCGCCGAGUGUGCGUGCAGCGUGGCGCCAGUGGUCUGGGCUUCAACAUCGUGGGUGGCGAGGAUGGAGAAGGAAUCUUCAUCUCCUUCAUUCUCGCUGGAGGACCGGCGGAUCUCAGUGGAGAACUUCAGAAGGGAGAUCAGAUCCUCAGCGUGAAUGGUGUGGAUCUCAGGUUUGCCACACACGAACAAGCUGCAGCCGCUCUGAAGAACGCUGGUCAAACUGUUACCAUAGUGACACAAUACAGACCUGAGGAAUACGGCCGCUUCGAAGCCAAGAUCCACGACCUGCGCGAACAGAUGAUGAUCAGCUCGCCAGGAAGUCUGCGAGCCAGCCGCAGCUUCUACGUCAGGGCCUUGUUUGACUAUGACAAGACGUGGGACUGCGGCGUCCUGUCACAAGCUCUGGACUUCAACUUUGGGGAGGUGCUUCACGUGAUUGACAGCACAGACGACGAGUGGUGGCAGGCCAGACGGGUGAACCAACAGGGGGAGCUAGAGGAGCUGGGAUACAUCCCGUCCAAACACAGGGUGGAGAGGAAGGAGUGGUCACGGAUGAAGAGUAAAGGUUUCGUUCAAAGCUACGAGCCGGUCACGCAAACGGAAGUGGACUACGCCCGACCCGUCAUCAUCCUGGGGCCGACCAAAGACCGUGUCAACGACGACCUGCUAACCGACUUCCCAGACAAGUUUGGCUCAUGCGUCCCACAUACGACUCGCCCUCGCAGGGACUACGAAGUGGACGGGCGGGACUACCACUUUGUGUCGUCGCGAGAACAGAUGGAGCGCGACAUCCAGUCGCAUCACUUCAUUGAGGCGGGACAGUACAACAACCACCUGUAUGGCACGUCGGUACAGAGCGUCAGACAAGUAGCCCAGCAGGGCAAGCACUGCAUCCUGGAUGUGUCGGCCAACGCAGUGAGGAGACUGCAGGCGGCUCAUCUCCAUCCCAUCGCCAUCUUCAUUAGACCACGAUCUCUGGAGAACGUCCUUGACCUGAACAAGCGCCUGUCUGAGGAUCAAGCCAGGAAAGUUCUGGAUCGAGCCAUUAAAAUGGAACAGGACUUCCUAGAGUGUUUCACUGCCAUCGUGCACGGGGACACCUUCGAGGAGGUCUACCACCAGGUCAAAGUGGUCAUCGAAGAGCAGAGCGGUCCGUACAUUUGGGUAGUGACUCGCGAGAGGCUCUGAUUGGUCAGCCAAAGUCCCUUCCCGUGCACAUAUUGUUGUUUUUGUGACAGUGUAUCCAUGGCAAUGCAGGAGUGGGCAUGUGUGAUCAGAUCCAUAUCAUCACACUUGUAGAAUUUAGCUAACAUCUUUAUAUUAUCCUAUUUAAUUAUUUAUUUCCUUACCGUAUUUAUGGAUGAAUUUGAUUGUGCUGUACAUGGUGUGUGCGUGCGUGUGUGCCUGUGUGCGUGCGUGUGCGUGCGUGCGUGUGUGUGUGUGUGUGUGUGUGUGAGUGACUGUAAAUACAAAUAUGGGGCUUAAACAAACACACACACACACACACACACAAUGAAUUCAGGGCUUUCACUUCACGCGAUGCUUUGCUUUGACCACCACAAACAUGAUCAUAUCCUGGUCACUUGACCACUAGGUUGGGAGCCGGGCUUUGAUGAAGCCUUUUUUUUUUCCAUGUUACCCAAUCUUCACCCACCACAUGUCUGGAAUUCACCUCCCACAAUCCCUUUGUACAGCAACAACACUGUGGUCAUGUCUUGGCUCCGCCUCCUGAGCUAAUGCUAACUGCUAAUGACGUUCCAUGAUUCCCUUCUGCUGAGUCAGUGUGAGCCAAUGACAAAUGAGUUAAGUCAAUCUUGAAAUAAAACUCUAAUAAAGAACGAGUCUUUCGAGUCGGGACUUGGUGGGUGGAAACUUGACACCGCAGAAUUCCUUUUGGCGGCACCAAACAAGUUUUUGCGUUUUGUCCAACAAGGUGAACAAGUCCUUCGAGAAGCCAUUUUUGUCCUCUUCCCAGAAUGUAUCAACAAAGAGUGGCUGUGACUAAAUAAUUUAAAGAUGCAAUGAAUUCA